CGAUUACCUUCCAAAAUCAUUUUGGAUCACCUUAUUUGUGUAUGGAAAUAAAUGUAUUGUUUACUGCUUUUCCGAAAGACAUACAGGGCCUAGGCCACACUUAAAUAUUCUAAAACAUCGGGUCAGAGAUUUUAGUAAUGGUUAUAACAAAUAAAUAACCAACUACGUAUUAUACGCGUUUCCAACACAUGAUUAUGCAACGUCGAGUCUUUCAGAACAUCUUGGUACAACCAUCGCACAAAGACACAGAAUUAUACAAAACGCUUAAUCCGGGUUUCCCCUCUCGCUAACACAGUCGCGUUUAGGCUACUCCUCCCUCUCCUCCAAAACGUGCUCCUACUACAUUUUGUUUACCAAUCAACGGCUCGUUCAUGCACAGACAGGAAGUUGCGUAGCGGCUCAUGGUCAAUUUAAAAAUGUAUCCUGUCACAUAUAUCCAUGGGUAUCCAAAUGGUCAGAGUACAGGUAGAUGGCUACGAGGGAAAUUAAGUUAUUUCACAAAUUAUUUUAUUUGGCUAACAUUCGUUGCAAUUCUAAUUAAGAGCAAAAAGAUUAGCCUAUAUAGUUUAAUAUAAAAAUACCCCCAUCACCUCCGCGCAUGCAGCUGAAAUCUUUUCCCACACCGAAGAGGCUGUUGCUGAGAGGGGUGUAAAGGGUAAAUUAAUUGGAGCACAGACGACUUCCAGGGGCAAAAAAGGUGACAUUUUGUGCGUGUUUUGUGGAAUUUACCUCCGCUGUCUGCACUCCAUCUUUUCGUUUCACUCUUCCAUGAUUAAGCAGUGAAGCACCUCCCAGUGGCUCUGUCACAGACCUUGCAAACUCUCAUGCAUAUAUACAUGCAUAUAUACACCAGGCUAUGCACUUUUUAGGGGGCCGAAUGCUGCCCUAUAGCUGAGGGUCAUUUUGGUGUGUCCGUAGGGCUUCCUCCGCCUCAUGACCCCCAUUCCUUAUCCACACUUAACUCCACGAAGGCUGGCCUACACAGAACAUGCCGAAAGGAUCCAGUAGGACCUGUUUUUCCGUGACUGGAAUCUGAUUGGAUGUGUUUCUGGGACGGAUUCCCCCAUUUUAGAUCCAGUAGUGAAGGAGAGCGAAAAUCGAGAUUACUGGGUGCACGCUGAAGUAAUAGGAUUCGGCGAACAAAUAAGCUUGAAUAAGACUGCUCCAUCUCUGAUACAUGUUUGACCAAGCCAAGAGUAUGGGCGAUGGAGUCGCCGAGGACCGAAACCACUGUGGACCCAAUUCGCUGCGCCGCGAGCGCGGUGGAGACGCUAAAACUCUGGCGGAAGUGGGAAGCCGCAGUUCCGGCGACGCUCCUGCCGGGACAUCCGCGUCCACCCCGAGCUCCUCCAGCGAGGACGGACACGACAAACUGUUAGGAGUGGACCCUGACUACUGCCGCAGGAUUUUAGUCCGAGAUGCUAAAGGCACUAUCCGUGAGAUCGUUUUGCCGAAAGGCCUGGACUUGGACCGGCCGAAGCGCACGCGCACCUCCUUCACUGCCGAGCAGCUCUAUCGUCUCGAGCUUGAGUUCCAACGCUGUCAGUAUGUGGUAGGGCGCGAGCGCACGGAGCUCGCCCGCCAGCUGAACCUCUCCGAAACUCAGGUGAAAGUUUGGUUCCAGAACCGACGUACCAAGCAGAAGAAGGACCAGACCAAGGACUCGGACAAGCGCUCUUCGUCCACCUCAGAGUCACUGGCCACAUGUAACAUCUUGCGUCUACUUGAGCAGGGGCGCUUGCUGUCAGUGCCUGCACCUCCUCCCAACCCACUGUUGGCACCACCGCAUGCUGCCAAUGGCUCGCUCCUGGGGGGCCCAUCUGUGUCCUCCUCCUCUCCUGGGGUAAGCAGUACAGGCACUCCUCCAGCGAUUGUGGCCAGUGGUGGUGGAACAUUUGGCCUAUCUCUGUCCUCACUUGGUGCUACACCACCCUCACCAAGGCUUGGGGUAGCACCCCCAUCCCUUUUCUCCAUGCCACUGAUGAGUGGUGCUCAUCAUGAACUCACGUCUAGCUAUGGGUGUGGAUCAUCAGCUUUUGAGCCCUAUACAAGGACAGAGAGGAAAGAUGGGGACUUGGGUGGGAAGAAGACAGUUUCCUAAAGACUUGAAUCACUUACUGGACCACUAAUGUAUGCCCCAUGUUUACUAAAGGGUGCAAUCUGCUCUCUUUUUCAGCUAAGGUAAAGGUUAUAGAGGAAGUAGUUGAUUUUCAAAAUUAAACAAGUAUG